UGGACGACUGAGCCCCGCGUGACGGUCAAGGUAACUUUUGGCUUGGUAUAACACAUGGCAGUUGUGCCCAGGAUGUCCCCAUGAUGUCCCCAUGACGUCCCCAUGACGGACCUGUGACUUGAACUGAGUGAUUUACAUAAGACUCGUAAGAAGGUUUUCAGUAAGAGAAGAAGACCGUAUUAUUAUUCUUACAAAGAACCACAUUAUUUUAUUACAGCUGGUCCGGCUUCGAGAAAGGUACAUGGUAAUGGCAACGAAAAGCGGAAAUUCCGAGGAAACAUUUCUGGAGAGAGCUGUAGAAGUUUAUAAAGAAUGUGCCAAAACUGCUUCCAUCACUAAAGCAACAGUAUCAAUCCUAAAUCAAGAUUCCAAAUCCGACAAAGUGGAAUUAAACAUCUUCUCACAAUGGUCUCAAAGGGAUUUGGAAAGAAAUGAAAAUCUUAAUUUUCAGAGAAGCCAUGUUGCAAGUUAUGAGACAUCUUCUAAGUCUUUCCUUAAUAUCAGAGAGCCUUCAUUUCCAUCAGAAGUUCAAAAUAUACAACUGAGUUGUGUUUCACCCAGUGGACAGCUGCAGGCCAUUGUGCGAAAGGUUCCUGGUAACAAGGGAAAAGAAGAUAAGCAAUUCUUAGAGAUUUGGUCUAGAAGUCACCUCGUCAAGAGUAUUGAUAUCCUGGCUUGUGAAAAGCAUGGGAAAAUUUAUGAAGACAUUCAGUUUGGUUGCUUGGCUUGGUCAGCAUCAGAAAAGUCAUUGCUAUACGUGGCAGAAAAGAAGUUGCCAAAAGCUGUUUCAUAUUUUGAAAGACAGAACACAGAUGUUCCGUCAGACAAGCCAUCUCCAGAAAAGGGAAACAAAUUUGAGUUUAAGGACGACUGGGGUGAACAGCUUGUUUCCAAGUGCACGCCUGUGCUUGUUGUCUUUGAUUUAACAAGUGAGGAAAUCAAAGUGAUGGAUGGUGUACCUGAUCACUUGUCUGCAGGACAGGCAUGUUGGGGUCCAGAUGACGGCAGUGUUGUGUUCAUAGGUUGGUUUCAUGAACCAUACAGACUUGGUCUUAUCUACUGUCCAAUCAGAAAGAGUGCUUUGUUUUCUCUCUCACUAGAUGGACAACAUCUUGAACAACUGAGUGACGUAAAAUAUGCCGUGCAUUCACCCCGCUUCAAUCACGACAAAGAAAAGUUGAUUUACAUUGCCUUGGAUGUUGGUGGAGCGCAUUGUAAAUGCGGGAGACUGAUGCAGUAUGACUGGACAACGAAGGCAACCUCCAUCAUCACAGAUGUUGUGGACAUUCCAGAAAAAGGCGGAUUUCCUGGUAUUUACAACGUUCUUCUCACGGACCGUUGUUGGUCGGCGGAUGGGAAUAGGGUCAUCCUCAGUACUGCAUGGAGAAGUUACAAGAAAAUCAUUCUCAUUAAUUGCAAGGACAAGUCGGUGACAGAUUUGACUACUGUUCCCGGAUCAUGGACUGUUCUUGAUAUACACCAUGAUAUCAUCUUGGCCUCAUACGCUUCACCAAACUCCCCUCCUAAACUGAUGAUAGCAGCCUUACCAGCUGUCAUCCCAGAAACUGGCCUGUCCUGGAUGCAAGUAGCUCAAUCUGAAGGUCAGAAAUUUGAGGAGGAAAUUACAUGGGAGGUGAUGUCAAUUGCACCCAGCAGCGAUGCGGAUUUCAAAGAUGAAUAUGAAGCCGUUUUGAUGAAGCCUAUCCUGAAAGAGGACACCAAGGCGCCAUUGAUAGUUUUUCCGCAUGGAGGUCCUCACGUGGCCUUUACGUCAGAAUUCGCUCUCUACAGUGCCUGCCUUUGUAAACUUGGUUUUUCAAUUCUCAAUGUAAACUACAGGGGAUCCUUGGGAUUUGGCCAAACAUCCCUUCACUCCCUCCCUGGAAACAUCGGAACCCAGGAUGUGCAGGAUGUUAUGCGCGCGGCUACCAAGGCUCUGGAAAGCGGGAAGUUGGAUAGUUCAAACGUUUUUAUCAUGGGUGGAUCCCACGGGGGAUUUCUGACCGCACACCUUAUUGGCCAGUAUCCGGACUUCUUCAGAGCAGCCGCCAUGCGCAAUCCUGUAGUGAACGUAGCAGAUAUGACAGGCAUAUCAGAUAUUCUAGAUUGGUGUUACUUCGAAAUCGGAGGGGAAUUUCAGUAUGACAUUGUACCGACUCCAGAAACGCUCUCCACAAUGCUGGAAAAAUCCCCCAUCACCCACGUGAAAAAGGUUAAGACACCAACGCUGAUAAUGCUGGGAGAAGAAGACCUUCGAGUUCCUCCAAGUCAAGGAAGGAGUUUUUACAAAGCUUUAAAGGCUCAAGGAACCGAAACAAGAUUAUUGUCCUACCCCGAUAACAACCAUCCGAUCGCUAAAGUGGAAGCAGAGAGUGAUGUGUUCAUAAAUAUGGCUCGAUGGUUCCAUGACCAUUUGAAGAAGUAGCUUCAAUGAUGGCUUGAGGCGUGAUUGAUUUGGAGAGCUACACCACGGCUAAAGACAAAGGGGAUUUGGAGCGAGCCUUGUCCCUAUUCUCCCGCGCCUAGUUUGACAAAACUCUUUCCUCACGAGCUCACUUCGAAUAGUUCUCGCUGAUGACGUAGCCCCACAGAAGUUCCUAUACUGUUUCUCGUUGGUUGUUGCUAAGUGAUGACUACGUCGUCAGUACGGAAUUUGUCGAGUCAAAGGAUCAAUAGUGUAGUACACACGAUAACUAAUAAUAAUUAGUUUUUGAUAAUGUUAUGAAUAGAAUGAAAAUAAACAGCCCGCCUAGAAGUAA